CUUUUAUAUUUCGAAACAAUGUCCAAUAAUUCUGACAACGAUUCUGAUCCGACUUUCUCAACCGGCGAGAAAGUUGCCGCCACCGGCGUGGUCGCGGCCUCUGCAGCUCCCGUGGCGGUCGUCGCAGCGGUAAAUGCAGUCGGCUUUGGCGCCGGUGGCAUCGCUGCUGGAUCGACUGCGGCAAGCAUGAUGUCCGCAGCGGCGAUUGCCAACGGCGGAGGCGUUGCUGCGGGCAGCCUCGUCGCCACCCUCCAGUCGGUUGGCACAGUGUCACUGGUCGCUGCAGCGGGUCCGUUGGCAGUCGUCGGUGGUGCCGUUGCCAUUACGGUGCUGGCGGUGGCUGGCUGGAGAAUACAUGCCAAGCAGGCUAAGAAAGAGGCGGACGAAAAGAAGGCGCAAGCUGAAAAGAAAGCGCAAGCUGAAAAGAAGGCGCGGGAUGACAAAGCGGCUCAGGACAAGCUCGAAGCCGACAAGAAGGCUCAGGCUGCAACAGAGACACUGGCCUCGUCCAAAGACUCUGUGGAAAGCGACGCCAAACCACAAGAAGCUGAGACCGAGCCCGCUGAGAAAGAGGCGCAGGAUGAAACAGCGGCUCAGGACAAGCUCGCCACGUCCAAUUAGCUCGGCGUUUCCAGUGGAUGAGCGGCCAGCGCUCCCCCUUUUUCAAUGUGAUUGUUAUGUGUUUAGUGUGUGUGCUUGCUGUGUUUAUUGUGGCGCACAACGCUCCAGUCACAGCAGCGCAAAAAACAAAAAAAAAUACUCCCAAACGCCGACGUUUUGCUCACGUUUGGAGUGUUAGCAUUCAUUGUCGAUUUUCAGCUUGUACCAUGUAUUGUCGAAAUAGUCAAGCUUUCUUGUCCAACAACCAAAACUUCAGUCAAA